CAAUCUUUGAAAAUUCGCCGGACCCGAUCCGGCCGUUUACAUUUCAUUCACCUCCGACUGAAACCACAGUGGCGGGGAGUCCCAUGGCAGAUAUUACAGGCGAGACUACGGGUGGCUUUCGCAGCUGGACUUAAUGCUGCUCUCGCCGCCGUCUCUGCCAAGUUCUUCUCCUCUCAGCUCUUAAAAUACAACAUGGUGAUAUUUUUUAACGUGACAAUGUGGGGAUGCUAUGUCAAUAGUCUUAAAGCACUAUCAUCUCUUCAAGCCACAGUCAUGAACUUUGCUACGAAUUUCUUAUCUUCAGGUUUAGCUGGAUACUUUUUGUUCGGGGAACCCCUACCUUCUCAGUGGUUUGCAGGUGCAUUCCUCAUCAUUCUUGGUGUUUUCAUCCUCAGCAAGUCCACCAUUGAAAGGAAGCUAAGUUCAGAUUAGCUAAAGCUUAUCUAUCCAUGGUGCUUUUUGAAUUGGCAGCCAGACAUUCAAUUGGCUUAGAGAACACGAACAAGCAUAUGCAUUCAUGGAAAUUGAUCUGGAGCAUAUUUGUAAGUUAAUAGGAAAAGGGGAGGCAUGAUUUAUGUAGCUCUUAGAUUCCUCUGAAUGGUACUGUAUGUGAUGAGACUAUUGGGUCUAGUUGGUAUGUUCUCAUGAAGUCAUGGAUUUCUUGUCGAACAAUCUUUGACAUUGUAAUGUGUAUGAUGGCCAAGGUUCGAUUACAGUAUAAGUUAUGGCCAACUUAUAUGGUUAUAUUAUGUCUGAACUUCAAAGA